AUGGAGCAUCCUACGGCCAAGAAAACAACGAUGAACACGAAUGGAUUUAGCGCGAGCCCGGGUCAUGGGACAGGCGACACUUCUAUCUCCAGACAUCGUAAGAAGGCAGCAUCGGUCAAGUCUCAAGGCUUCUGCAGGCGGUUCAGCGACUGCAUUGUAAUGGGCCCGGCGCAACCCCAGAACAUGAACAUGGAUAGAAGUGCAAUAAAGCUUAGUAAACUUGCACGACAGGUUGAGGAAAUCGACAAAGAACUUAAUAAGGAGAAAGAGAUGAAUGGGAUGUACAAAAUGAAGCUCGAAAAGACUCAAGUUUUACUAAAAUACUGCCUUCAAGUUGCACAAGACCACGGUUUCUUGGACGCCAUUGUUAGCAAGGACAAGGAACAACAUUUGCCCCUUUCUCCCGCGAUCGCGUAUUCAAGCAUAGGUUCAAGUAGCCCUUGUCCGAGUCAAUGCCAUCCGGAUCUUGUUUCCGUCAUGCGUCAAGCUAAAACUGGUGGAUGGUACAUCGAACCCGACGAGAUCGAAAUGCUUCACCUAUGGGAUCAAGGAAGCACAGCAGACAUAUACAAGGGGAAAUGGCGAGGCGUCGAUGUAGCCGUCAAGUGCAUGUACUCUGACUUUCUUCGAUCCAACGAGAAUGGAAUGAGCUUCUUUGCUCAAGAAGUCGAGACCCUGUCGAGGCAGCGCCACCCAUUUGUUUUGCAACUUAUGGGGACCUGCCUUGCGCCUCCUCAUAAUUGCUGGAUUGUCACUGAAUUUCUAAACACAAACCUUAAAGAGUGGCUGCACGGCCCGGGACCAAGGAUGAAGGAUAGAACGAUACCACUCCCACCAUUGAAUGAUAGGACAGAAAAGGCAUUGGAGAUUGCUCAAGCAAUGCAGUAUCUUCACGAAAGCAAACCCCGGAUUCUUCAUCGCGAUCUCAAGCCUAGCAACAUUUUCUUGGACGAUGCCUUGCAUGUACGAGUGGCUGAUUUUGGUCAUGCUCGAUACUUAUAUGACGAAGAAAAGGCACUAACCGGAGAAACAGGUACAUUUGUGUAUAUGGCACCUGAGGUGAUUCGUUGCUGUCCAUACGAUGAAAAGUGCGACGUCUAUAGCUUUGGCGUAAUAUUGAAUGAACUCUUGACAGGCGAAUACCCUUAUAUCGACUCAGAAUAUGGUCCUUCAAAGAUAGCCAUGGAAGUUGCGGAGAAUGGGUUUAGACCAACAAUCAUCGCUAACCAGGACGAGGCAAUAAUCGAACUCAUAAAGCAAUCAUGGGAUCAAGAGCCUGAAGCCAGGCCAAACUUUGCAGAAAUCACUUCUGCUUUGAGAAUUAUACAGAAGAGGUGAUACGAGGCGUCGGGGGUUUGAACCCAUGACCUUACGGUCACACGUCCAACCCCCAUACCAACAAGCCAUCCCUUACGGGACUUAAAUUAUGCUUUCUUUUAAUUCUACUUUACCUUGCACACCACCGGCAAAGACUCACUCAUUGUACACCUCACAAGAAGUUCACUUUCCGGACACAAAGUCACUUGGAAGAUUGCUUUCUUGGGCCAUUGAUCGCUUGAAUCCGCGUAAGUGAAACUCCCUUGAAUUAUAUAGCUCUUUCGUGUGAAUUUUUAUCUUGGCAUCUUCGAUCAUCUCAAGUGAUAAUGUUGUUAUAAU